CUUCUGAAGGUGCUUCUCCUCUCCAGACAGUGUCUGAGAAGAGGAGGAGCUUUCUCCCAUACAGCUUGCAUGCCAUUGGCCAGACUUGCAGAACUUUCCUCUUUUCAUCCUGACUUUUUUUUUUUUUUCCUUUUUGGAGAAGUUGACUUCUCUGCUUCUGCUGAGUGCACGUCAGCUGUAAUCUGUUCUCCAGUGGCUCACACUGACACCAUGAGCUCAGAGUCAGAUGAAUCAAAAGAUGUGGCGACAGAUGUUUUCAGCUCCAAAUAUCUGGCUGUCCAAGCCCAAAAGAAGAUCCUUGGCAAGAUGGCAUCAUCGAAAUACAUAGCAACAUCUUUGAUUGAUGACACCAGUGGGGAAGUGUUAGAUGAGCUCUAUCAAGUCACUAAAGAGUUCACGCAAACCAAGAAAGAUGCUGAGAAGAUCAUCAAGAACCUCAUCAAGACCGUAAUAAAGCUGGCUGUUCUUUACAGAAAUAGCCAGUUUAACCAAGAUGAAAUUGCACUGAUGGAGAAAUUCAAGAGAAAGGUCCACCAGUUGGCCAUGACUGUGGUCAGCUUUCACCAAGUUGAUUAUACAUUUGACCGCAAUGUGUUGUCAAAAUUAUUGAAUGAAUGUCGCGACCUUCUUCAUCAGGUCAUCCAACGUCAUCUCACAGCAAAGUCCCACGGACGUAUUAAUAAUGUGUUUGACCACUUCUCAAAUUGUGAGUUUUUAGCUGCUCUAUACAAUCCAUUUGGACCUUACAAACCCCAUCUUCAGAGACUAUGUGACGGUGUGAACAAAAUGUUGGAUGAGGACAAUAUUUAAGAUUUGAGAAGGUGAAGUUCCUUAGAGUUACAUGCUGGAAACUGAGUGUGGAAACAGAUUGCCAUGUAGGAGAAAGAGACCACUUGCGGAAGGAUGUUUGAUCUGCUAAUGUUAACACUGGAAAAUGAUUAUUUUGUUCUCUAGUGACAGUUUCUGGUUCUCCCUGGACCAAUGUUACUGAGCAGUUAUUACAUACAGAUACAUUUCCUCAUAUAUGCUGGACAUACAGUAGCUUCGCACGUGGAAAGGAAACACCUUGAAGCAGAAAUCUCCAGUGAAGAUGGAAUGUUACAACGGUCUGCUGUAAGGGUGAAGCCAUUAAUGGCCAUUUUCAAGGUUACAUAAUGCAAAAGACAAUUGCAUGUAUGUUUUCCUCUGUUGCUAUGUAAAAUAUAUUCUUUUUGCAUUUAUAUGAUCUUGAUAAGUAAAUGAAUAAAAAAGGCA